AUGACGACGUACCGACUACUGUGCGCCCUGUUGGUGUUUGCCCUGUGCUGCUGCCCGUCCGUGUGCGUGACAGCCAAUGGUAAUAAACAGAAGAACACAACCACAACGAGCACACCAGCACCAACUACAACGACCACAAAAGCACCAACUACAACCAUCACAACAAAGUCGCCAACGACGAUCACAACAAUGGAUCCAACGACGAUCACCACGAAGGCACCAAUCACGAUCACAACAAUGGAGCCAACGACGAUCACCACGAAGGCGCCAACCACGAUCACAACAAUGGAGCCAACGACGAUCACCACGAAGGCGCCAACGACGAUCACAACAAUGGAGCCAACGACGAUCACCACGAAGGCACCAAUCACGAUCACAACAAUGGCACCAACGACGAUCAAAACAAUGGAGCCAACGACGAUCACCACGAAGGCACCAAUCACGAUCACAACAAUGGCACCAACGACGAUCAAAACAAUGGAGCCAACGACGAUCACCACGAAGGCGCCAACCACGAUCACAACAAUGGAGCCAACGACGAUCACCACGAAGGCGCCAACCACGAUCACAACAAUGGAGCCAACGACGAUCACCACGAAGGCGCCAACGACGAUCACAACAAUGGAGCCAACCACGAUCACCACGAAGGCGCCAACGACGAUCACAACAAUGGAGCCAACCACGAUCACCACGAAGGCGCCAACGACGAUCACAACAAUGGAGCCAACCACGAUCACCACGAAGGCGCCAACCACGAUCACAACAAUGGAGCCAACGACGAUCACCACGAAGGCGCCAACGACGAUCACCACGAAGGCGCCAACGACGAUCACAACAAUGGAGCCAACCACGAUCACCACGAAGGCGCCAACGACGAUCACAACAAUGGAGCCAACCACGAUCACCACGAAGGCGCCAACGACGAUCACAACAAUGGAGCCAACCACGAUCACCACGAAGGCGCCAACCACGAUCACAACAAUGGAGCCAACGACGAUCACCACGAAGGCGCCAACGACGAUCACCACGAAGGCGCCAACGACGAUCACAACAAUGGAGCCAACCACGAUCACCACGAAGGCGCCAACGACGAUCACAACAAUGGAGCCAACCACGAUCACCACGAAGGCGCCAACCACGAUCACAACAAUGGAGCCAACGACGAUCACCACGAAGGCGCCAACGACGAUCACAACAAUGGAGCCAACGACGAUCACCACGAAGGCACCAAUCACGAUCACAACAAUGGCACCAACGACGAUCACAACAAUGGAGCCAACGACGAUCACCACGAAGGCACCAAUCACGAUCACAACAAUGGCACCAACGACGAUCAAAACAAUGGAGCCAACGACG